AUGCCUUCUAGGGACGAUAAUCGCUCCCUAUCCACUGAGCAACGCUGGAUCCCUCCUUCAACUAUUAGACGCGAUGCGCUCACCCCAGAAAGCCGAAAUGAUGUCAUCUUCAGAAAGGUGCGGGGCAUUCUUAACAAGCUCACACCGGAAAAGUUCGCAAAGCUGAGCAACGACUUGCUCAACCUUGAGCUCAAUUCCGAUGUAAUUCUAAAAGGUGUCAUUUUUUUGAUCUUCGAAAAAGCUCUCGAUGAACCGAAAUACAGUUCUAUGUACGCACAGCUGUGCAAGCGGCUGUCCGAAGAGAGUGCGAACUUUGAGAACACGCAAAAGCAAGGUAUCGGCAGUGGCAGCUUGCACCAGCAGCAUCAGCAGCAUCAGCAUCAGCAUCAGCAUCAGCAUCAUCGAGGAAUUAGCAGCGCAACAUCAGCAGCAGGCGGCAAUAAUCACAACCAUGUGCAGCACCAGCAUCAGCAGGAGGCGGGAGGAAAACGCAGCAACGACAGUACGUUCACCCGCCUGCUGCUCAACAAGUGUCGAGUGGAGUUCGAGAAUCGUAGCAAGGCCAACGAGGCAUUCGAGCUCAAGCAGGGCGAGCUCUCGGCCGAGGACGAGGAGCGGCGCCAGAAUGCCAAGCGCAAGAUGCUCGGCAACAUCAAGUUCAUCGGCGAAUUGGGCAAGCUGGAGAUCGUCUCCAACUCGAUACUGCACAGGUGCAUACAGCAGCUACUGGACAAGAGGCGUGGCGGAUCCAGGGGGGACCAGGCCGAGGACAUCGAGUGCCUCUGCCAGAUCAUGCGCACCUGCGGUCGCAUCCUCGACACCGACAAGGGCGCCCUGCUUAUGGAGCAGUACUUCAAGCGUAUGAGCGUACUGGCCAAGAACAGCGAGCUACCGCUGCGCAUACGCUUCAUGCUGCGCGACUGCAUCGAGUUAAGGCAGAACGGCUGGGUGCCGCGCAAGGCCACCAGCACCGAGGGACCCAUGCCCAUCAACCAGAUUCGCAAUGACAACGACGAUCACCCAGGACGCCAAGGUCACCUCGGCCUCGGUGGCCAUCAGGGUGGCGGCGGCGGCGGGCAUUCCGGCCCCGGUUCCUUUUAUAAUAGGAACCGCGGCGACGAUCCGGGGUCGCGCGGUAUGAACAGCGACCUCUUCAGGCGCAUGGGCCGCGUAAGCUUCGAUGUCGACAACCUCGGUAUUAUACCGCUCACCUCGGCGGGCUUCGCUAUGAGCUCGCCCUUUAGUCCCAAUGGCUUUGGACCUCCACAGCCGCCUGCGCCCACGUCCAACACUUACGGCCCAGGCCGACACAACCAGCGCAACCAACCGCCGGCCAACUUCUAUCCCAACCAGAAUCGCAACCAGAAUAAUUACCAGGGUAAACACAACCAGCAACAGCACAACUCGCCUCAGAACUUCAACAAUAACGGCAAUAAGGAGUCAGUCAGAUUCAACAAACACAAACUCAUCGGACCACCCGAGGAAAUAUCACUCAGGCCUUCAGCUAACUCUAUGACUUUCAAACAACCCAACAUCAAUCCAAAUAUCACGACUACUAACGGAGGAAUCGACUUGUUCCCUGGUCGUAUUCCUGAGUCGCCGUUGAUGCGCGCGGCAGCAAUGCGUAAACCAAGUCCUCCGCUAAUCCCUAAAGAUCCACCAGCCACCGUGGUAAUCAAGCAGGCUCCACUGGACAAGCAGAAGCGCGAGCGCAAGGACAAGGGUCCUACCAAGGAAGAGGUGAUGAAGAAAGUGAACGCACUGAUGGACGACUUCGUGUCGCAUGGCAACAUUCCCAACGCGAUCACGGCCUUUAAGGAGCUUAAAAUUCCUGAGCGUUUUUUGCGCUGGGCCGUCCAUACGAUCUAUUCGAACGGCACUGAGCGCAAUGACGCCGAGCGUACUUUGGCUGCCAAUUUAGUCAGUCAGAUGCGCAAGGAAAAUGUAAUUAAUGCUCAGCAGUUUCACGAUGGCUGGAAGGAAUUGGUGAACUCGAUCGCCGAAAAGGAAAGCGCGGUGCCGUGUAUCGCCUCGCACACUGCUCAACUCACUGCUCGAGCAAUCAUCGAUGGAAUGAUGCAGCUCGCUGACUUGGCAGCUGUUACUGAGAACGGCCAGCACUAUCCGCUCUUCUUGCUUACUCUUCAGCAGCUGCACAAGAUCCAAGACAAGCAAACGCUCAUGGAGAUCUUUAACGACAGCAAAGUUAAUCUGAUCAGCCAGCUGCCCGAAGCCGAGAAGACUAAAGAACGCCUCGGCGAAAUUCUCGAAGAUCGAGAUCUUACGUUCUUAUACCCGUUACUAAGAAUCCAAGGGGAUAUGUGGAAGCAGCUUGAGAGUGAUCCUUCACCCAACAGCCUCUACAAAUGGAUCAAGGAGAAGCUCGACCCAUCUCACCAUUCCGAUCCAGGCUUUAUUAACGCCCUCAUGACUGUACUGCUAAAAUAUAUCACGCAGGAAACAACAUUCCCGCUUGGCACCAAUCCAGCUGUUAUCCCUGAUAAAUCUCUGCAAGAGAAGGAAGUUGCAUUACUGAGCAAAUAUCAGCGUAUGCUGCAAACGCUUUUGCCAACCAUCGAAUCCCAGGUCACUGCCGUACACUCCCUACAAGUCUUCUGCCUAUCGCAAGGUUUUCCUAAAGGGAUGCUAUUGCGUUGGUUCAUUGCACUUUACGAUCUUUCAAUUAUUGAUGAAGAUGCUUUUAUGCGCUGGAAGGAGGACGUUAACGAUGCUUAUCCAGGAAAAGGCGAUGCCUUAUUCCAGGUAAACGCGUGGUUGACAUGGCUAGCGGAGCAACCGUCAGAGGAUGAGGACGAAGAAGAAGAUGAGAAAGGAGACAACUAAGAAGGAAAGAGGAGAAGAAAAUCCCGGGAGGGAACACUGUCCUGAUAACAAAAAAAAUAUAUGUCUAUGAUUUGCGAUAGAUUUUUACUAUCUCACAAUCUAGCUGAGCCUUGAAGGUUUUGGUUUCAUCAAUUACGUUGCCUAUCUAAAAAAAUAAGAAAAUUAAAAAAAAAACCGGAAAAAAAGUCAACAAGCGUCCUGUCAGCGCUUGUCAGUGCCCUCCAGCAAUCAAAAAAGAAAAAAAAUGUUACACAAAGAACGCAUUGUUGACGCGUGCGAGCUUAUACAUUGGUGCGCGCGCGACCACCGCGAACAGCUUCGGUACAGUGAACAAAAACAACAAUAUAAAGACAGAACAAAUAGCAAAAAUGAUUAACGGUUUAAUAUAGAACUACCAACGGCGCUUGAUAUAGUUCUGCGCGAACAGGAAGUUUUAAUAUAUUAGAUAAUUGAAUAUUGAAAUAUUAUUAUGAUUUGUAUUAUCAUUAAAGAAAAAAAAAUGUUGAAAAAAUGAUAUUGGGCCAGCAAUGAGUAUUGGUGCAGAAAAUAGUAUCUGUUUUAUGAUUGAGGAAAAAGCAAUGCGAAAAAAUGAAAAUAGCAACAUACACGCAUGAUUUAAAUGAAACAAAAAGUAUAGGGUAAAUCAGUAAAAAAAAUUAGUCUGAUGAUUUGUAUUGUCCAAGUUUUUGUCUAGUAUUGUGUACGUGCCACGUUUUAUAAGUCUUUUUGUCUGCGCAUAGAGGAGAGAGCAGCCUGUUAUAUCUGUGUAUCAACUUUUACACUUAUAAUGAAUCAUUAUUGCGUAUUGAUCGUUAUUAAUUAAAUGCAUUGUCCACGUGACAUUCGCGUAUGUGAGAAUGUUCAACCCGGAUAAUUCUAUAAUCGACUCUCUUAUGAACAAACUUUGACCUUGAUCCCAAAGUGUAAAACGUGGAAAGUUGAAUAGGGGAAAAAAGUCGGCUAUUUGAUUUUAUAGUGAAAGAAGAUUCGUACUCGCGGCGUCAGGGAGAGACUUUUCGUUUUUCGGCGCUUCGAACGUGUAUUUCUUAUCGUUGUAGUGGAAAAUUCAAGUAACGAGAAAGAGAGACUUAUCAUUGGCAAAUGGAGAAUUAUAUCAAUCAAAAUAUCUCUGCCUGGCAAAUGCAAUCGUAGUCACCUAUUCUAUGCCCAAAGUAUGUGCGAUGAAUAUAAACAGUUUAAUUACAAAAAGAAAAAGAGGGGGAUACGAUUGAACGAUUAAUUAUAUAACAACCAGCAGCCAGCGUCACAUCCACAUUAAUAAGAAGAAAAACAUAACAUAGCGAAAACUAGUGACACUUACUAAAUCACAAGCAAAAACAAAUGAAUAAACACGAGCCUCAGUGUAAUUUAUUAAAGAACAGAUAACGUGAAACAGCUCCUCCGGUUGUUCCGUCGACGACCAAAAUGUUUUUCAAGCCUUUUACCUUUGUUUCCUUUCUUAUUCUUUAUGAGUUUUCCUCUGAAUUUAGACAAUUACAUUAUACAAUAUACAUAUAUAGUUGAGUUGAAAAAAGUGGCAAGUAAAAAUGUUGUUCGAGCGAUUCAAGCAAAAAUAAUAAAAAAGAUAUUAAUAAUAAAUUGAUUGAAAAGGUAUGAGUGUUUACUUUAAUAACCUUCAGCCCGGAUGAUUAAAUCAAAUUUAAUUUGAAAAAAAUUUCGCCUGGAUGUCAGUGCAAUAAUCGUGCUGCGACAAAGUACGCUUGUUUUUCCUUUCUUUCCCUUAUAAGUUUAAUUGUAAACUAAAUUUUUGCAUAUACACUAAUGAAUUAUGUUGAAUGAAUGUAAAAUAAUACGGAACUAUCAUUGUUUCAUCAUGUACAUAGAAAGUUUUUGUUAUCUCUGGACUGAAGUGUUAAUGAGAAGAAAAAUGCUAGUUAUUGAGGUUGACCGUUUAUUUCUGUAAAUCCGUUUUCUCUGUAAAAUGUAAUCACGUAACUAGACAAAUUUAAUGGAGAAUCGGAUAAAAGUAAAAAAUUAAUGAACAGCGUAUCAGAAGAAAAAAAUGGAAAAAAGUACUACAUUGUGUUAGAUUUAUUGUUUCGCAAUAAUUGAUUGGUGUGAUACUCGACCGACCGACCAAAAGAAUGUAUCGUUUUUUCAUGGAAAUCAUAAUAAAAACAUUUUUUUUUAAUAAUGUAAUGGCAAAAAGGAAUAAUAUUUUCCAUCGACGUCUUCUGAAUACUGCAAUUUGUUCUUUUGAUAACGCGUCGGUCGAGUGUCCUAUAAUUUCCAGUGUUAUAAUAUGAAAAAGAAAACUAUGAAAAUGAAUAAAAAAUACGUCUUUAUACCAUUUUUCACACAUAAAAUAUAUCCUUUGUUUGUAAUGUCGCGUAGGCGCGAAAGUAAGCGAAUAUAGGCGGAAUGAGAGAAAUUUAAAUUGAAGAUAAUUCGUAGUGCGACGACUCUACCUCAAUGUAAGACAUCCUUUCGUCUGAAUGAAAUUUUGUACUUUGAAUCAUUAUGUAGUUCCGUUUAGCAAAGAGAGAGAGAGAGAGAGAGAAAGAAAGAGAGAGCGAUAUUGAAAAUUACUCAAAACUAUCAAUUACGUAGCCAAUUACACUUUUUUCCUUGUACCUUUCGCUCAGUUCUGUUUCUGAAGGACAAAGUUAAUCAAUCGGAGGCGAAAGAAUCGUCGCGCUUCGAUGGAUAUCACCACAGAAUCUCCAUUCAAACAAAUUCACACAACACUCUGUAGCGAAAUAUUUCUGUUUUAUUUGAGCGCAAAAAGUAUGUUUGCACGUGGUUCUUUCUGUAGCAACAAUCAAUGUAAUAUUUAAUGGCUCUCUGUGGUAUAUGCAUCCAUUCUCUGUCUCCCAAUCUCGCUUCGUAUGUCAUUCGAACUCGUCAAUGUAAUACACGCGCUCGAGUCUACCGAAACGGAUAAUUAUGAAUAGACAUCCAUUAUGUCUCAACUUUACUGCUUUUCUUUGCAAGCUCGACGAACUUCUGUAUGCAUCAUCUAAACAUUUUCUUUUUUUUCUUUAGUGUAUUGUUGAACCAUUCGCUAAAUGAAAAUCUACUAACCACUUUCCAUUCGUCGAGACGAAAUAUUUGAGGCGACGAAUGAACAUUUUUUUGGAAAGUAGAAAGUCUUUAUUUGUUCGUUUUCGAGUGUGAUAAUGGAAAGGAAAAAGAAAGUAUGACAGUAUUAAUUGUUUUCUUUUUCUUUGUGAAUAAUCGCUGCAUUAUUACCGAUAUUUUGUGUUACAAAUGUGAGAUAAAGGUGACGCGCAAGAUUGAAGUAAAAAUAAUAAGCAGGUUGAGAAUAUAUCAAUUUAGAAUUUUUUUUUGUUCUCUAAUACUAAUCAAUUUUUUUAUGUGGACAAUUCUUAGUUCUCAGAAUAAAAUAAUUUUUAGUAUGAAUUUUGUUACUACUCUGAAUUUAUAACAUUUCGACAUAGUUUUUAGACAAAAAAUGAGUUUUUUUGUUUGAUUUAUGACGACCAAGUCAUAAUAAUGUUUUUUAGUCAAUAAUCAUUUUGUUGCUAUUAUUUAUUGAAAAGCAAUCACUGUCAAUUUAAGUUCCAUGUUUAGCAAUUUACAUACAAGUCAGUUUAAUUUUAUACUAUAUAAGAGAAUAGGGAAAUGCUCAAUUCAUUCAAUUCAUUUUUUUGAUAAUCAAACUACGUAAAAUGAAUUAUCAAUUUUUGUUUGUAGAUAGAAACACGAUGAGAAGAUUUUGAAUUGAAAAUUUAUAUCGAAUCAUAGAUAACAAGUAAAAUUGUGUAAGUGCAAGAAUCUAUAAUUUGUCCUGAAACAAAGCCUUGAAUUACAGUUUUGCAACCAUUAAUUGAAUAAACUUAGCCUUACCGACAACA